AUGGAUCCUCAUAACCCUCAAGGCGCUGGUAACCUUAACAUGGGCAUCCAGGGUCAACCAGUGACGGCACAAGGGUUAGGCCAAACUCAAUACAAUCAGCAGGUUUUGCAACAGCAGCUCCUUAACCAACAGCAUACUCAGCAAAGGUUUUCUCAGCAGCAGCAGGUCCAACAACAACAAGCUCUCCACAACCAUCAGCAGCGUCUCUUGGAAGAGCAGCAACGCCAAAUUGAGCUUGCUCGUCAACAACAACAACGGCAACAGCAGGAGGAGCUGCUGCGGCAGCAACGAAUCAAGGAAGCCGAAGAGCAGCAGCGUCAGCGUGAAUUGCAGGCUCAGCGAGAAAAGGAGCAACAGGAGCUUUUGAAGAAGCAGGAGGAAGAAAGGCGACUUGCAGAAGAAAAGCGACGCCAGGAGGAAGCGGAACGUCGGAAAAUAGAAGAGCUGAGAAGGGUUCGGGAGGAGCAACUGAGAAAGCAAAGGGAGGCUCAGAAGGCUCUGAACGAGAUGAGAGAUCGUGUAGAGCAAGUUCAAGCAGGGCAAGCGCUGACUCUCGUAGCAACACAUUUUAAUACAUCAUAUACGAAAUUAGUGCCGUUCCCAAAUGAAAAUAUGAUCAAUUCAAAACUGCCUACUGUCUGUGAUGCGACUACUAUGAAGUCUCUUUUGGAAACAUCUGAUCCUAUCUUAGUGCAAAUGAUUUCGCAGGCUUUAUCCAGUGUCGACGUCAGUGACACGCGGACGCGAAUGGACACACACGAUGGAAUUCCGGAGUCCAAUGAUCUUCCGCUCGAUUUGAUGCCUCCCGUGAUCAGAGCUGUCAUGAGCGUUAACUGCAACGCGUUAGAUGUCGAACCUGAGCACAACAUGGAAGCGCCUGAACAUCUUCUUAAUGACAUGGAGCUCGAUCCAACUCGUGCUCUGAACGAUGCAGCAGCUCCAGCAGCUCCAGCAUCGUGUGAAGCAACCCCUGCUGUGCAGAAGCCGACUGUAACGCCGGACAAACCUUCAACAUCAUCAGCGAAUGAGGAGAAUUCAUUUAUUGCUCCAGUUCUGGAAGGAAGGGAUAACACUCAGCUUCGACGUCAAAUGGCAAGUGUUGGAAAACAACCAAAAGCUAGUCAACAGCGUAAAAAGAGAGAUCAGGUUGAAAGCCUUUACGAUUCUUUAACUGAUUACUUCGAUCCCACUGACGGACGUCGACAACGGAAACGAACAAAAACCCUGGAAGAGGAACAGGCGGAUCAGCGUGACUUGGAACUGAUAGCUGCAAUGGAAGCUCAAUCUGCAUCCUCCAAUUCUGCCGAAGUAUCGGCUGCCGAACAAAGCGAUGAUCAUAGGGUCGGGGACACAAGUGAUGACGACCGCAAGUUUUAUGAGAAGAAAGAUCGACGCAGAAAGAAAAAAGAAGAUAUUCCUGAGAGACCUCCUACUCCAACUGAUGUCAUCCAAAAGCGCGAUCAAGAAUGGACAGAGCGGCAACGGAAACGACAAGAAAAGUUAAGGCGGCGGAAGGGAAAUGAAAGUGAUCAGGAGUGCUGGAAUAAUGACGUAAUGGCUGAGCAUGAUUCAAGAGCUCGUUUGAAUGUAAUCAUCGACCAGAUUUUUGAUCAGGUGGAAGACAUUGAUAUGAUGAAUAUUGAGCAAAACGGAAAAGGUGAGAAAAACUCUUCGAAAAUCUGUUUUCGAUUCAAUCACUUCUCAAUUUCAGACGAGGAUGGAGAUGAUGACGAUGAAGGUGUUAGUCAGGAACUUCUGAUAGACCGUUCAGUAAUGGAUGACUUACGUAACGAAGUGCAAAAGCUCCUUACAUGGAAGAAAUUAACUAGUAUAUCAUCUGAUCGACUCAUAAAACUGAUCACCAUCUUGGAGCGGAAUAUGCGAGAUGUUGUCAGCUCUGAUGGCACACGUCUUCUUGUCCCGAUCAUUGCUGAAGAUUUUAUAUCUCGAGAAUUACAUCGUGAUAAUCUUCUAAAUUUGACUCUUCCACAGGAUGGUGAAGAGGAUGACCAAGCUCUCCGUGAACUUCUGGACGAUCGUUUAAUCCGAGGCGCCGACGCUGCGUGUACAACAUUGAUGAUCAUGACCUGCCAUAAAAUGCCAAAACAGGUAUACAUAGAAGAUGCUAUUGAACGUUCCAUCAACCUCUGUAGACAUUACUUGAAAAGUAUUAUCUACCCAGCUUCGGAUCCUUUAUAUGGGCCGGGAAGGAAGCAGAGAGCUGAUGAAAAGCGACGGAAGAAAGUCGAACAUGUUCAGCGAUCCCCAACUGUGCAGUUAUUAUAUUCAAGAAUGACUGAUCUUGUCCAUAGCUUUUCGAACAUCGUAUGUUGCUCGGACAGUUACUUUUCUUCUCUUUAUUUCACAUCUAUUGAGAUUACUCCCGCUUACGCCCAACUUCAGGUACGCCAAACAGAGCUGGCGGAAAUGUGCGUUCAUCAUCUGGCUUCAAUAUCUAUACAGGCGUUUUUUGUGAACAACAUUGGAGAGUUACAGCAAAAUGCCUGUAACCUAGCAGCAAACAUUUUUACGAAUGCAAAGGAGCAUGUUCGCAUGGGUAUGUUGAAUGACAUCUUGAACUCUCUCCAUCGUUCACCAUGCGGGCGAAAUGCGAGCAACGGAUACAGAUUUGGCCCAGAUCAGUGGAUAAGCAACACCACAGUGCUCGUGCUUCAACUCUUGCAAAGUGUUGUCAGAAUACCAGAAAGAGUUCACCACAAAGGAGAUCAUGCUGAUGACCCCGACUCGGAACCGGUUGUGCAAUCAGACUCAGUUGUUCCUAAUUCCUAUAAAGAAGUUCAAACGCUUGCACAAGCUUUUGCAUCCGGAUUUUUGAGCAGAUGCUCUUCGAAAGGAAACAGAAGCGAAGGAGAAGAAGACUAUCGAGCUCUAUUUGAUAGCUUCCUCCAAGACAUGUUGACUGCUUUCAAUAAACCGGAAUUUCCGGCAGCUGAGAUGUUUCUUCAGGUUGUGGGUAAUCUCCUAGUGAAAAACUGCCGGAAUAAGAGCGCUGAUAUCGCGAUUCGAACGGUCAGUCUGGAAUAUUUGGGGCUGAUCACAUCACGCCUGAGAAGCAGCAUGAUAUGGUCCAUAGAAGAUUCCAAGGAACGUAUGGAUCUUGUGGUGAAAACCAUCAAAUAUGAAGACAAUGUGCAAGAAGAUGGAACUUCACUAUGGCCGAGUGUAGCGGACGUAGAUAUCUCAGACAUGACCUUCAGCGAAAAGCAAAUGGAAUUAGAACGUGCCUUGCUUGAUUACAUUAUUGUUAAUAAGGAUAUUACGGUAGAGUAUGCUGUGAGAUUUUAUUGCUGCGUAUGGUAUAAGGAGAUCCUUGAAGAUUUGCAAGAACUUGAAGCGCGAUAUGCUGAAAGCAAACGCGAGAAUCUGUCAGAGAAGGAACAUCGAAAGAAUGAGUCCCGUCACAUGAAGAAAGUGAAGCGUGCACAGGCACAAAAGAUUUUUCUCAUUGAUCUCUUGGGUCGCAAAAAGGAUAGGCAAAGAAGAUACGAGAAUGCCAAGCGUUUCGGUAGCUCCAUGCUAGAGUCUGAUGUUGCUUGGUGCAUCAAAUAUCUCGCGGCCAAGAGAGAAUUCACCCACUCUUUCGAUUCAUUCCUGAAACAGAUUGUUACUGGUAUCACCAGUGAGACCACAGUGAGUUUACGAACGAAAGCGAUGCGUUGUCUCACUCAAAUCAUAGAAAGUGAUCAAUCUGUUCUGCUGAUGCCUGAGGUUUCCUCUGCUGCUCACAAUCGUAUGACUGACUCGAAUGCUGCCGUUCGUGAGGCAACAGUCGAAAUGAUUGGCAAAUUCGUGGUUGCAAAUUCCGAUGCGAUUCCCACAUAUUAUCCUCUGCUGGCUGAACGCUUAAUGGACACUGGCGUGGCCGUCCGGAAACGGGUAAUUCGAAUAAUGCGCGAAAUUUGUGAGAAGUUCCCUAAUUUCGAACAGAUACCAUCCAUGCUCGCCCAAAUAGUACGACGAGUGCAAGACGAAGAUGGUGUGAAGAAACUGGUUCUGGAAACGUUCCAAGCGCUUUGGUUUCAACCAGUUUCUGAACGCAACACAGCAGCGUUACUAAAGAAGGUGCAGAGGGUGAUGACGAUUACGAAAGUAAUCCAAAUAUGUGCUGAAGAGAUGAAGCUCGAGGCAAUGGAAAUGCUUUUCCAAUCGCUGUUGAAGCAAGGCGACAGGAGUACUCUAGCCGCGAGUCGACAAAUCGUCGAUAUGUUCAUGGAUAAUGUCCUUGCGCUUGAGAACAAAAUGGCGACAGAAAAUGGUGUGACUCCAAACUCAUCGACUGACGAUUUAAAGAGUGCCGAGUUACACAAAGCGAAUCAAGAACGCCUUCUCGCCUGUCUCAACACUUUAACCUUAUUCAGCAAAGUACGUUUUUUGGAUUUAUUUGCAGUUUAUCACAUAAUUAUGGUUCGUCCUGAGCUUCUUGUUAAGCAUGCAGAGACGCUUCAACCAUAUCUUUCGAUGAAUGCAACCCAGAAAUCAGAAGUGACGGUGCUUAACGAAGUUAUCGGCAUGCUAGAGAGGGUCGUACCUCUUAUGAGCCAUCCAAGCGACACUUUCCUCAUCACCCAAGAUCAGACUCUUGCGAACCUAACAGCUAGUGCCAGUGGUGUGACAACGACUACCGUCACUAUCAGUUGCAUGUCAGCUAUUUGGCAUCGUUUUGGACGGCCUGAAGUACCUGCAGUUGCUACUGUUUUCAAGUCUUACCUAGGAUAUCUUGUACGAGCGAAGAAUGCCCUGAAGACGAUACCCACUUUCCAAUUGGACGAUCAUAAAACGCUGCGCAUUCAGAGGUUUCUUUGUGGUGUUGGGGUUAUGGCACGCUAUUUUGACUUCGACUCCAUUAUCAAAGACCCGGAGUUUGAGAAGAAAAUAUUUCCUGCCAAUGCUGUGCGACCUGAUUUGUCUCUCAGUGUCGACGAUAUCAACCAUGAGAAUCUGGAAAAGCCACGACGAAUUCGGGAUAAUGUCUUUGAUGUACUUUUCUACUUCUCAAGCAGCAAUGUGCCAGCAAUGCGCUACAAAGCAUUCGUCGCCCUUGGUCAUUUAUGUGCCCGGUAUCCUGAGUAUUUGAUGUGUCGGGAUGUGAAAAACAUGUACCACGUCUUGCUCCGCUCCGAUGAUCCCAACUUCACCCAGAUGCGUUUGCAGGCACUGCAGAACUUGGAAGAAUUUUUGAAAUCGGAGGAGUUGAAACUUAUCAGAGGCGAUCAAAACUUUGGAAAAGGAAAAGAACAAGAAAAUCUGAAGGAGAUGGAUCAAGCAGGAUCUGGACUUGGAUCAACAGUUAUUCAAAUAUACUGGCAGGCUGUUUUGCAGGGUCUGGUAACGCCAGGCACUUCGAUAGCGACAUUUAUAGCAAUGACAACGGAUCCACUGCCGAUAGUUCGAAGUAGGGUAGAAGGCAUGCUGAAGGAUAUUGAUGCUAAGUACGCUGGAAUGAUACAGAGCACAGCUACGCAAGGAGUGCGAAAAGCUUACCAGCUCCAAUUGCAAAUCCGUGAAUCGGGCUCUAAUGGCGAAUAUCCAAUUCGUGGAAUUCGUGCAUGUGACAUCUCCCCAUAUGCUACCUCUAGCGCUCGCAUCGAUCCAUCCACCGGUCUUCCGCGUCAUUCCAACGACGGUCAGGCAGUGUUAAGCGGUCUCUAUCAACGUCUCCGCACUAAUCGACAACAGCGCAGAUCUUUUCUCACUAGUGUGUUACGGUUGUUCAGCGAGGAUUCUAGGGAGAAGCUCCGAUUAGACGAGUGGAUAUUUGUGGCGGACAACCUCGCUAUGUUUCCCUACCAGGUUAUGGAUGAGCCACUAUAUGUCAUACACACAAUUGAUUCGAUUGUGUCAUUGUCUGGACAGUCACUCCUUGUUCAAUGCAAAGCACAUUUACGAGCUGGGCAAUCGUACUACUCUCCUCAUCAACAGCAACAGAGAAAUCAACUUGAAGAUGACGACCUUCUUUUUGAGCCGGAAGCAUUAUACAACCGUUUUCCCGAAGAAAAGGGCCCAUUAUAUGACCUCAUGGAUAACAGUCAAGCGUGCUUUAUUUUACUCUACCUCAAGAACUUUCUUAUGAAGCUUUAUGGGUUCACGGAAGCAAAAGUUCAAGAAUAUUCUCCUUCGGAAGCUGCGAAGGUUUACGAGAAGGCGUUGUCAUCAAGGAAAAACGUGCCAAUGUUCAAUCCACUGACAGCUAUUGAUGGAGGGCGCCGUCGUGACGGCCAUGUUGAUCCACUGGCGAAUGACCGGCAAAGUAUUCAGAGUCACUUCAAUCUGGCCACGAAAAUUUGUAAUGUAAGUAGCAGCUUUUCUCUUGGAAGCAGCCUAGAGCUCGAAACAAUGUUCCGCAAGAUGUUGCUAUCUUUGGAUCGAAUGGAGAACGAUGGUGACAGUGACCUUGAAGGGGACAUCACUGUUGCUCCAAAAGAUGAGGACGAUACUGCUGAUGGGUCCAUGGAAGCAUCUGCCGAUAAUGAUGUCGAUAUGUAA